CUCCAUUGGUUGAGGGAUAAUUGUACAAUUUCGCGAAAAGAUCCAAUUUCGCGCCAUGAGUUCGCAAAAAACAAGUGAUGGGCCGACCGCGCAUCAGCUUCUCCCAUCUGCGGAGUCAAUAUUUUUUUCGGCGAAGUAAAUGGUCAGAAGAGUCAAAGCGGCGGCUGGGGCUUCUAUGUGGUCAUGCAGGCUAUGUCACGGGCCUCUUCGAGUACGUGAUGACAGACAUGCUGAAGCUUCGUCUCUUUGCUUUGACGGGCUGCGCUCUGAUCGUCAGCUUUCAGGCGGUGCAACCCAGGAAGCAAUGGGUCUCUGUCGGAUGGAACUCCGUGUACUGCGCGGUGAACUUGUUUCACAUUGGACUUCUCCUGUCCGAGCGCCCGAGAUCUUUGGAGGAGGAUGAGCGGCAGCUCCAGAAAGUGCUUGGAGACCAUGUUCUUCACACACAAAUUCUCUCCCUCUCCGAGGUGUGCAUCAUUGUCCGUGGCUGCUGUGGUCUGCGCAUUCGGGGGUUCAAGGUGGGGCACUUGACUCCUGGUGCUGCGGUUGGUGCUGAGCUUCCAGCACUUCGACUUCUGAGUUCGCAGUCUCAGCGGGGGCAACCGCAGCUGAGCUGGCAACAAAAACUGGAGGAAUAAUCCCAUCCUCCUAUUAAUAAACACGCCCCCCCCCCCUAUUAAAACUAGACGACGAGUGGCCCGAAAGCAUUUUUCAUCACGUAGGAAGUCAGAGUGCGAGUUAUCCGGUAAGUGUGCA